AUGGCUUUUACCCAGCUGCCAGCGAUGCACUGCUGGUUGGGCGCCAUCGAUAUGAGGGCCAAUGCAGAUGCCAUCAGCAGCGCAGCAGAGAUACAUGGCUUGACCGCCGUAGCGAAAUAUUGUGGCCCCGGCGGCGCUAGCCUCAAGCGAUCCAUCAUCGAAUCCGCUCCCCUGCCUCAUUCGUCGACCCCGGACUAG